AUGGCACAAACGGCUUUUGCACAGCAUUUUGUCGAAUGUUCGAAGUGCGAAGAAAAUGCUGAAUUUUACUGCAAAAAUUGCAAAAAGGAUCUUUGUCAAAUUUGUGAAAGGGAUCAUCUUAAAAAUACAGCCAGUGCUUCUCAUGACAUUGUGCUCCUACAAGAAAAAUAUGGAGCAACCUUUAUCCAGGAGAAAUGUUCCAUACAUAGUGGACAAGUUUACAGCCUGUGCUGUCAGCAAUGUCAACUUCCUAUCUGUGAAAUAUGUAGAGAAGACUCAAAACACAAGAAGCAUAGCUUUAUGAACUUGGAAAAUGCGUGUCACACGAUCAGAGAAAAGUGCAAAGUAAGGGUAUCUAAAAUCCGAAAGGAAAUUUUGCCCCGUUGCAUAUCUAUGCAGCAAGAUAUUCAAGCGGACUUGUUAUCGCGUAAAGAAGAAAUUGAUCAGAUUUUGUCUCUCUUGACAUCCAGAGGUUUGAAAAUGAAAGCACUUAUUGAGAAUGUAAUCGAGGAAAACGAAAGAAGCUUGAACGGAAUCCGAAAAUUACAGGAAUCGGAGCUAGAAAAACAGGAUUGUGAAAUCACCAAUUAUAUAGCCCAUCUUAAAACUAUGGUUGAAAGGUUUGACCAAUCAGAUAACAAACCAGCAGAAUUUCUAUUCUACCUUAGAGACAAUCCAAUUUCAGAAAAGGACGAUGUUCCCCACAUAAUGGACAUACCCCUACCACUUCUAACCGAGGAAAACAUAGCAAUGGAAGAUGUUAUCAAAUAUUUAGGUCAUAUAGAAGAAGUACCAGGAAAUGAACCAAGGCAAACCAAGAAAAGUGAGUACAUUUCUUACGAUGUUCCGAAUCUCCAAGUAAUGGAUGGAGCUGAAAAGGUGAAAUCCAUCAAGGUCAAAGGCGUCAACGAAUGCUACCAGAUUUCUCAUGUCUCAUCCAACAAGUUUUGGGUAAGAGAUGAAAAUAUUAUUUUGUCGGACAGUUCUGGAAAAACUUUGCAUCAAGUGUCUAACAUUUCGGAUGAAUGGGCCAUACAAUCUGUGACCAAAGAAGAAGAGUUGAUUUUCAUCGACAAAGAGACAAAUAUUUGUAAACUUUCUGUCGAUUUGAAGAAAAAGAAUAUUCUUCUUCCAAACAAAGAUCCAUGGAUGCCUUGUAGUAUCUACGCGUCCAGACUAACCGGGGAUAUUCUAGUUGGUAUGAUGAGAAAAAAACAGGGGUCUGAGGAAAACUCGACUUUAGAAGCCAAAGUAGUGCGAUUAAAUUACUCUGGCAGUGAAAUGCAAUCUUUUUCCCUCGGUGUAGCAGGCCAAGCCCUUUAUCAAUACCCUCGCUACAUCACAGAGAACUGCAAUGGGGACGUGAUCGUGUCGGACCAUAGUAAAAAUGCAGUGGUGGUGACGGAUCAUAGAGCAAAACAUCGCUUUUCCUAUAAAGGACCCCCCUCCAGUUCAGAAUUUUGGCCGAGAGGACUUUGUACAGACGCAAUACUGAACAUCCUUGUGUGCGAUUAUAAAACAGACACCGUUCAAAUGAUUGACCAAAACGGCCAUUUUCUUCGGCUUUUACUUACAGUGAAAGAUAAGAUAGAUGAACCAUGUUGUCUGAGUUAUAACACAGAAGACAAUCUUCUCUUGUUUCUUGGUACAUGGCAUGAAUUAGAAAGGACAACGUUCCAAUGGGGAGACGGCACCUGGUAUUCCCAGGUAUGGACCUUUAAACGAGGAAAUGAUGGUCAGCUAUAUAUGGCCUACACUGGGUUUUCUCCUCGCACACAGUCUUGUACUUCUCCUAAUACCGGACUCUUGAGCGGAACUGGAGGCUCAUACACAUUGACGUCAGAGGGAAGGUAUGAAGCUGCAUUACGAGUUGCUUACACGGACUACGAAAACGUUGCCCUGGUGUACAUGUGUUAUGCUCCUGAAAUACAGGGAACUUGUGACAGGACAUCUGUUCAUGUCUCUCUCCUAUCCCGGACACCUUCACUGUCCACUCCACAGAGAUCCAUGCUUAAGGCUCAUCUGGAUUUAAAAUGCGUCGAAGAUCAUCACCUUAACCAAGCUACGACAGGUUUGAAUGCAUUAUUUUACGUUGUCAAUUAA